UACACACAACAGGAUAUAGGGAUCUCCUCACUUCCUGAUCGUAAACUUGCCCUUCUGAAUUGAAACAAAAAAUUGUACCUUGACAUGGACACAUGCACAUUGAGAUUGUCCCGAUGAUGUGAAGGGCGUGGAGAUUAUCAUGAACGCUCGGGGCUCGUCCGCCAAGUACCAGGUCCUUGAAUCCUCCAGUCUAAAAUGCUGCAUCGUAGGAGACACCAAGUCGGGCAAGACGGCUCUGGCAUACCGCUUGCAAGCCCAAGAAUUUAGGGGAGACUACUCGGCUACCUCUUUUGAUAAUUAUUCCGUCACUUCUCUUGUUGACGGUACACCAUAUCAUCUGAGUUUAUUUGACACAGCUGGAAACCAUGAGAUGGUACAGCUACGCUCUCUGUCUUACGACAAGUCUGAUGUUGUCUUAGUUUGCUUUUCUGUGGCGGAUCCAGCGAUGUUUGUGAAUGUGGAGAAGUUCUGGGUCAAUGAGAUCCGCUCCUAUCUUCCUCGUACACCGUUUCUUCUGGUUGGUACACAUUUGGAUGUAAAGGACCAACGGACAAGUAUAGCAGAAGAAAGUGUAGUUGUGGCAGAUAUUGUGAUUCCUAGCACAAGAGUGUCGGACAUGGCGUCACGGAUUGGCGCCACGGGCUAUGUGGAGUGCUCGUCCAAAACGGGCGACGGGAUAGAAGAACUAGUCAAAGAACUCGUGGUCGCUGCUCACUUCCGGCCAAAAGAAAAUAAGUCUAGUGAAUGCUGCUUUAUAGUGUGAAUACAUUAUUGCGACGUUAAUCAUUUACUGAUGGCCAAUUGUAAAUAAAACUAAUUUAUGUGACAAACUUUCCUACUCUGUUUCCCUCAUAUGAGGAUUAUUUCAGAACAUACAACUAUACAUACAUGCAACACAUAAUUUUAAGUCAAAGCAUAAAUAUUUACAUAUAUACACAAAAGAAAAAAAAAUUCCAAAAAAGCAAAACAAAAGAAAAGACAAAACAAUAAAAAAGACAAAAAAGGGGCAUACCGGGGGGGGGGGGGGGCACGAACAAACACAGGUUAUGCCGCUAACACUUGCUUAGGUUGAGCUUUGAGGGUACGAUUAUAGCGUGUAGCAAUGUCUCGGAUGUAUCUGAAGUUAAAUAUAUAUACGGAGUGCACGUAGAAUGAAGUUAUAAACCAAAGACAUAUAUACAUCUUUGAUCCUCGCUUGCCUUAAGUCAUUGGCAGUGUUGGAUGCCACAUGAUAAGCCGAGUAACAGAUAUAAGCAAAAACCUGCGAUGAAUACACAGUUCGGCAGAAGAGCUUUGAGAGGUUUUGAUUAGCGAUAAUGUGACCGUCAGUCCCUGAACGUAAAGUAAUGAGUCCAUUUAGAAAUUUGCACUUCAAAUUAGGCGACGCGAUGAAUGUUAUAAAACAUCUCGUCAAGAUAUUCACCACAGUGAUGAUUAGGUAUAGAUUAGUCUUCUGUUCAACUGUACAUAUUUAUGUGUCGUUCUUCAAUGGCUUCUACAGAUGAUUUGAUCAUAUUGGAUUUAAAAGACCUUUCUAUGAAAUAUUAAUUCUAAACCAGAUACAACUAACAUAUUCUAGCCCAUAUUAUUCUUUCUUUUAAUCAAUUUUUUAUGACAUUAACGAAAAUAUGUCAAAAAGUCAAACAGCUUAUCGUCGCCUUUUACUUGGGAAAAUUGAAAUUCGGAAAUUCUUGGAACCUUGUACAAUUUUUCAAUAUUAUUACCCGGUAUCUUUUAUGUCGGUUGAAAUAUUUUCAAUAUUUUGUUUCUAAAUGCCAGCUGCUUAUUUUAACCCAACAAGAAAGAGGGAACUUUUCAAUGAGAAAAUAUUUUAAAUUAAAAAAAAUUCUAUCCAUUGAACAUUUCAAUGUAGGUAUUUUUGAAAAUCAGUUAUAAGUAAGUGAAAUAUACUGCAAAAACAUAGAAUAGACAUAUCAUUUUGUAAAUUUAGAGUUUACUGGGUGAGCGUAAAUACAAAAUUCAAAACAUUACACAUAUAAGUCAAUACAUAUUACAUUAAAUCCCUCUUAUUCACCCUGGAUUGGAGUUGAACACUAGACCCUUACACGGAAGUCACUCUCCUGGCUGUGGUCUUGGUGCGUACCUUUCGGACAUCUAGGGGAGCCAAAAUCUUGCCGUUGAUGACAAGCGGAAACUGUAGACAGGUGGUUACGGUCUUUGAGAGAGAAGUGAAAUGUGAAUAUACUUCGUUGAUUGGGAAGGAUCAUUGCUAUACACAUUGUAUUCGAAAUAAACAUUCUAAAGCACUGCUUUUGCAGUAACUAUCUAAGUAAUAAAUACUUGCCCAAAUAGUUACAGUAAAUACGUGACAAGGAAACUGUA